UUCUAACUUGACAGCACUUGUUGAAAACCACAUGACAGCCACUCAUCUCACCGUCCGUUUUGUUAAACACAGUUUGUGUGGUCUACUGAAACCUUGUGGAUUUCAUUCACAAUCACCACCACCGGUCGUCGUAACUCAAAGAAAAUGCCAGGACUCCGAGCACCAUCUGAUUAUUCAGAAGAACCUUCUCGUCAUCCUGCUCUCAAAAUCAACGCUAAGGCACCUUUUAAUGCCGAACCACCACGUCAAGCGUUGGUUUCUUCUUACGUGACUCCGACAGAAUUCUUCUACAAGAGAAGCCAUGGACCGAUACCUGUUGUUGAUGAUAUAGAAAGAUAUAGCGUGUCCAUUAAAGGACUAAUUGAGAAACCCAAAGAGUUUUUCAUGAAAGAUAUUUUGAGUCUUCCGAAAUACAACGUAACUGCCACUUUACAGUGUGCUGGUAAUAGACGAACCGCAAUGAGCAAAACCAGAACCGUAAGAGGAGUUGGGUGGGAUGUUUGCGCCUUAGGAAAUGGUCCGUCGCCUAAUAACUGUUGUCAUGCAAUUUGGGGUGGAGCGAAACUUGCGGAUGUUCUUGAACUAGUCGGUAUACCUAAAUAUACCAAUACGACACCAGCAGGUGGAAAAUUUGUUGAAUUUGUGAGCGUUGACAGGUGUAAGGAGGAGAAUGGUGGUCCUUACAAGGCAUCGAUUCCACUGAGUCAGGCAACAAAUCCCGAAGCUGAUGUUUUGCUUGCUUAUGAAAUGAAUGGAGAGACUCUCAACAGGGAUCACGGGUAUCCACUGAGAGUAGUUGUCCCAGGGGUUAUUGGUGCGCGUUCGGUAAAGUGGCUGGAUAGCAUCAACAUAGACUCCCAAGACUGCAAGGGAUUCUUCGUGCAAAAAGACUACAAAAUGUUUCCACCUACCGUAAAUUGGGAUAAUAUCGAUUGGUCUACAAGGAGGCCGCAAAUGGAUUUCCCUGUUCAGAGUGCGAUAUGCUCCUUGGAGGAUGUGAAUGUUGGGAGACAUGGAAAGAUAACUGUAAAAGGGUAUGCAGUUUCAGGAGGUGGGCGUGGAAUUGAGCGAGUUGAUAUUUCAACCGACGGGGGUAAAACGUGGAAGGAGGCAUCUAGAUAUCAAAAACCCGGUAUUCAAUACGUUGCCGAUGACGAAAAAAGUGAUAAAUGGGCGUGGGUACUUUUUGAAGCUGAUGUGGAUGUACAGUCAAAUACAGAGAUAGUUGCCAAAGCUGUAGACAUAGCUGCAAAUGUACAACCAGAAAAGGUUGAAGACAUCUGGAACUUGAGAGGAAUUUUGAACACAUCGUGGCAUCGCGUUCAUGUGCAAGUUAGGCAUUCAAGCAUGUAAGCUAUACAUACAGCCAUCAAGGAGCAUGCAUGCAAUAAAUAUGAUCAGGGUGGUAAAGUGUACGAUAAUCCCCCCACUGUUUUCUGCAAUCACAAACUUUAGUAGCGAUGCUUCUUUAUUUUCAUUUUGCUUAUUUUCGAGUCUUUGUAACAUAAUUUAUUUGAAAGGUUCCUUGAUAAUGUAUCAUUUCUGAUUGAAAAACGUUUGCAUUAAUUAUAAAGGAUCGUGUUAUCAAUAAAUCCCGAUACUCUUGUUUCA